UGUCUGCAACUGCAAUCUAGGUCUAGGGUUUUUUUCUCCAACAAUAAUUACUUGGCUUUAUUUCAUGGUUCUUCUCAGUCCUCAAACCCUAGCAAAUCUAAAUCUAGAGACCCCCAACACCCAUUUGAUGUCACUAAUCUCGAGGAGGCAUCAAAUAUGUUCAAAAAGAUGCUUAAACAGCGUCCUCGACCUUCUAUUGUCCGCUUCACUCAAUUAUUGGGUCAAGUUGCAAAAUUAGAGCAUUAUUCGGUAGCCAUAUCUUGGUAUAAGCAAAUUACUCUGUUGGGAAUGGGACUUGUUCCUGAUGCCUUUACUUUAAACAUUAUCGUGAAUUGUUUUUGUCGUUCAAACCAAAUGGGCGGCAGUUUUUCAGUCUUGGCACUGUUCUUUAAAUUGGGGCUUCAACCAGAUGUCACCACCCUCAACAUUUUGAUAAGGGGCCUUGGCCAUGAUAAUAGAGUUGAUGAAGCCGCUUCACUUGUCCACAAAAUGGCAGCCUUUGGAGAAGGAUGUAAGCCCAAUGUUAUUACUUUUGGUACGUUAAUAGCUGCCUCAUGCAAACAAGGUCAAAAUGACAGGGCUAUUCAAAUGCUUCGGAUGAUGGAAAAAAAUGACUGUAAACCUAAUGUAGUUGUCUACAGCACAAUAAUUGACAGCCUUUGUAAGGACAAGCUUGUUGAUGAGGCAUUCAAGCUCUUCUCAGAAAUGAAAAGUAAGGGUAUUCCACCAAACAUCGUCACCUAUACAUCUUUGUUUCAGGGUUUAUGCAGAUUAGGUCAGUGGAAGGAAGCGUCACGAUUCUUCAAAGAGAUGAACAGUAACGGUAUCUCUCCAAACGUUCAAACCUUCAGUGCCCUUGUUGACUGUUUGUGUAAGGAGGGCAAGUUGAAGGAAGCUAAUCAAGUAAUUGAUAUUAUGACUGCUAGAGGUAUGGAACCUAAUACUGUUACUUACAAUUCGCUCAUGGAGGGUUAUUGCUUGCAAGGAGAUAUGGAUAAAGCAAAACGCAUUUUUGAUCUAAUGCUUAAGAAGGGCUCUAUUGUUGAUGUUUUUAGUUAUAGUAUACUGAUAAACGGAUAUUGCAAUGAAAGAAGAAUGAAGAAAGCAAUGUUAUUGUUUGAGGAAAUGACUCGUAAGGGAAUGGUUCCAGAUACUGUUACUUAUACAACACUUAUUGGCGGCUUUUGCAAAGAGGGAAGAAUAGAUGAUGCGCAAAACAUGUUCUCAAAAAUGAAAGUUGGUGGUCCACUUCCAAAUAUUCAUACUUAUAGUGUUUUACUGGAUGGACUGUGUAGAAACCGCCAGAUUGAUAUGGCUUUGAAAUUGUUUGGAGAGUUGGAAGGGAGUAGCUUGGAUUUUGGGAUCAGUCUCUACAAUAUUCUUAUCAAUGGUUUAUGCACAGCAAGAAGAAUUGAAUGUGCAAGGGAUCUCUUUCGCAGUUUCCCUUCAAAAGGACUUCAACCGGAUGUCAAGACCUAUACAAUACUGAUAAUUGCUCUUUCUACUAAGGGCCUAUUUAGUGAAGCAGAAGCAUUGCUUAGAGGAAUGGAAGAGAAAGGCUGUUCCCCAGAUACCGUUACCUACAACACAAUCAUCCAGGGAUUUCUCCGUAAUGAUGAGCUAUCAAGGGCACAAGAACUUAUUCAAGAAAUGAUGACCAAGGGUUUCUGUGCAGAUGAUUCAACAGCAAAAAUGAUAACUGACUUAAUUACUGAGGGCAAACUAUAUCCUGCUUUUCAUCCAGUGGAAAAAAAAAUCUGAGUGAAUUUAAUUUGCAUCUUGAAAUGAACAAAAAAUUUGUAGAGAUGCGGAAAUUCUAGUAUUUUUAGUGUGAAAACUAGUUUAAGUAUUUCUUACGGGAUGUGUUUUCAUUUAGAAGCAGUCAUGUGUUGUGAGUUUCUUGUUUUAUAAAUUUUCAAAACUGGUGUUUAGAACUGCAAAAUUCUUCAUCAUAUAUCUUGCCUUCUAAUAUACAUUCUGUAUCAGGGAACUGGAAUGAGGCUUGCUCUUUGAGGAAGAGAAAUAAAAGAAAAAGGUGUGGCAAAGGUUCACGGAUGUAGUUGGAUUGUAGUGGGACAGAGAACAAAUUUAUUUGUUGCAGGGGAAAAGUCUCAUCCAAAUGCUAUGAAAUCAUGGCAACUUUAAAGUAUUGGACAGCAAUAAUGAAAGAAGAGGGCUAUGUUGGUGACACAGAUUCUUUCUUGCAUGAAUAAGAGUGAGAGAAGCCCCUGUGGUAUUGACUAUUGAUGCCAAGUGCAUAUGGUUAUUACUACGCGUACUACAUCCCAAGGCCUCUCUCAGCAAGAUUACAAAGUAAACCAGAAUUACUACCCCAUCAGUAUUCUGCAACUUUGCUCUGCACUUCCUUAUGUAUGCUGGGUUUGUUGAUGUGGAUAUUUAUGCCUGGAGGUGCUUUGUUUUACUACUUCGUUGAAGCAGAAACAGACACUGACAAAGAAGCCCUUCAUUCUUUGUCUCAAUAGUGGUGGGUUUCUUUGAUCCUAUUCACCAGAUCUGGUGGUGAGGUUGCCUAAUCAGCCAAAUGUUGGGUUCAAGCAGUAUGUUGAUGUGGAUGUGAAAGCUAGGAGGAGCAAGGAGCCUGGCAAGAAGCCCCUCACUCUUUGGCUCAAUAGAGGGCAUUGCAUACCGCGAUUGGCUAUUGCUACGUACCACAAGAGUAUGAAAGAAAAAGGGGGACAAGUGUAGGAAAGAAUAUUUCAAUGGCAUUUGCAAAAACAUUAAUUUGAGCCCAUUGAAGAACUUGUCUACAUUCUUUGUUUCUUGUUGGACUUACAUUUCAUCAAUAGCUCAGCGCUUGCUUUUGAUACAUAUGCAAUACAAUAUGGGAAGAUAUUCAGGCAGUUGAUUAUCACUUUUGUGUUUGAAUUGAAUCAUAUAAAAU